AUGAACGGCACCCAGGAGCCUCAAGAGCCGGUUGCGCAACAGCCUCUGCAGCCCGCGACGGCCAACGCGAACGCCAAUGCCAGCGCCAACGCCAAUGCAAAUGGCAACUCCAUGGCCGCCAAGAAGCGCAAGAAGGAGGGCUUGAAGCCUAUCAUCACCACCGAGACUCCUCCAACCCACCAAUUGUCUGCUGCCAUGCAGAAUUCGCCGACCUCGACCUCCUCCGGCGACGAUCCCGCCGAGAACACGGCCGAUGAGGAAGAUUCUGAGGACUACUGCAAGGGCGGCUACCACCCUGUCCAGAUUGGCGAAAAGUUCAAGGACGGCAAAUACACUGUUGUGCGCAAGCUGGGAUGGGGUCACUUCUCCACCGUCUGGCUUUCUAGAGACAACGUCUCGGGCAAGCACGUCGCCUUGAAGGUCGUCCGUUCCGCCGCACACUACACCGAGACCGCCAUUGACGAGAUCAAACUGCUCAACAAGAUCGUCCAGGCAAAGCCCGAUCACCCCGGCCGCAAGCAUGUCGUCAGCCUCCUCGACUCGUUCGAGCACAAGGGUCCCAACGGAACCCACGUCUGCAUGGUUUUCGAAGUCUUGGGCGAGAACCUGUUGGGCCUGAUUAAGAAAUGGAACCACCGAGGCAUUCCCAUGCCCCUUGUAAAGCAGAUUGCCAAACAGGUGCUGCUAGGCCUCGACUACCUCCACCGCGAAUGCGGCAUCAUCCACACUGAUUUGAAGCCCGAAAACGUCCUCAUCGAGAUCGGCGACGUCGAACAAAUCGUCAAAAAGGUGGUCAAGAGCGACCCCAGCGACAAGGAGAACAACAGAAACGGCCGCAGGAGGAGACGGACUCUCAUCACCGGCAGCCAGCCGCUGCCGUCCCCCCUCAACGCCAGCUUCAAUCACAACAAUCUCUUCCCCUCCACAAACUCCCACACGAGCCUCAGCCAAAUGCUGCACGAAGGCAAAGGAUCCAAGGAACCCUCUCCGAAGCGUGAUGCUGACCAGAAAACGCGCGAAAAGACAGCCGACCUCCUCACGAAAGAAGUUUCAGGUAUUUCCCUCGAUAAGACGAGCAGCUCGCCGUCAUCCGGAGAGAAGCGCAAGGCCGAAGACGCCCACGCUUUCGAUAUCAUCAGCGUCAAGAUUGCGGACUUGGGCAACGCCUGCUGGGUCAACCACCACUUUACCAACGAUAUCCAGACAAGGCAGUACAGAUCACCCGAAGUCAUUCUUGGUGCGAAAUGGGGCGCAAGCACAGAUGUGUGGAGUAUGGCUGCGAUGGUCUUCGAGCUGAUUACUGGCGACUAUCUGUUCGAUCCACAGUCCGGAACUAAGUAUGGCAAGGACGACGACCACAUUGCCCAGAUCAUUGAACUCCUUGGACCCUUCCCAAAGUCGCUGUGUCUAUCUGGGAAGUGGUCACAAGAGAUUUUCAACCGCAAAGGCGAAUUGCGUAACAUUCAUCGCCUGCGACACUGGGCUCUGCCAGACGUCCUCCGCGAGAAAUACCAUUUCAAGGAGGAAGAGGCGAAGCGCAUUGCUGAUUUCCUCACCCCCAUGCUGGAGCUUGUCCCUGAAAAGCGCGCCAAUGCUGGUGGCAUGGCGGGACACUUGUGGCUUGAUGAUACACCUGGUAUGAAGGGUGUGAAAAUCAAUGGGCUUGAGGUGGGCAGCCGGGGUGAUGGCAUUGAUGGAUGGGCGACAGAAGUGCGGAAACGGUAG